GUUGAGCCAUUCCCAGUCAGCAUCGUUGAAAGAAACCAUACACCCAAUUUUAGACCAACAAAAGGCCUACAAGCAUGCCAUGGCAUGGAUCACAAAGCCUUUGUUUCUGGAAUAAGACAAAACAUAGCCUCAGUUUAUAAAACAGUCAUUGAGCCCCUACUUGUUUCAUUUAUCAGAACAUGUUUUCUCGUCCUGUUUCAGCCACCCAGUCUGGUCCCCACAUCCAAAAGUUGGUUCCCAAAAGUUGGUCCAAACAGAUCCACACGGAAGCCUGCUGCAGAUAACAGACAUAACAGUUCCGGUUAGCGCUGGAUAAACGCCAUUUGUAAUCUUUACGGUCGGUAAUAUGAUACCUGAGUCCUCACUGGAUAGUGCGUCUAGUCGCCGACAGGACGCGACGAAAGAAGCCAGAAUAUCGACCUUUCGGACCCUCCCAAGAACGUCCCGACAAUCGAGGUAGAGAUGAAAUGCCUCCGGUCAGUGGCUGGUCUCAGCAAGGAGGAAAUGAGACGGCUAACCCAGGUCCUGAGCAUAGGAUUUAUCGACCCAGACGGUAACGAACCUAGAGACAAAGGGGAGAUAAUCAAGGCGAUCAAGAAACUUCCCUCGGUCCUGCAGAGGCCCUGGCUGGAUCACUGGAUGGACCUCAUAGGUCGAGCACCUGCCGUGGCCAUGUGUGAUUUGCACACGAAACUGAACCCCUAUAUUAUCCAAUACAUGUUUGAGCUGCUGCGAUGCGAGGUUAUCACACAUUUGGAGUGUCUCUAUUGGUACCAUAGUGUGCUCCAUGAUGCUCGCCUUGACGUCGUCGAUAUCAAAGUGCGCGAUAUUGUGUACAGCCUGGGAGAUAUACGCUAUAUGUGGACCCCCUCUCGACGGGCUAUCCAAGGAAGCCCUGUCACGUACCAGCAGAAUAAGUGCGCAGCGUGCAUCCUAGCUCGGAUUGUCAACGGGCGGAAAUUCCUGCAGCAUCUGCGUACCGCCCUCCUGAGUCGGACAGCAACCAGAAGGAAUCACCGGGUACCAACAUUCCUCCCGUUCGUGGAAGAAAGCAUAGCCUGCCAUGAAGGCUUCAUUGAUAAGAUACACUGGCGCAGCAGCACACUGGCGACAACCAUGAAGCGCCAGCGGAAACAUGCCCACCGGGCUCGGAUGACGUCUGACCCGAUGGCUAGUCUCAAAGAAGACCUCUCAAGAACCGCAGAGGGGGCCGUAGUUCCCAUCGGGAUAGACCCGGAAGUUCUCGAGUCGUUUCAAAAGAGCCGACAAGAGGGCGGAAACCAUGGCGAACGACGCACAAUAUCUGAGCAGAUGCCCAAAAAGCAAGACAGUGACACCGACACCCUUGCAGGAAUAGUCGGGUUGUACCACGAGCCUCACCCUCUGAACUGGAUAUCCACUCCCACAUCCUGUGCAAUGGAGAGUCAGUCCGAUCUCUCUUCCGUCACUUACACCGACGAAUCACCCACUCAUGUGUCACCAACCUCCCUAACUUCCACACCAGAUCCGUUGCAGGUUCUUUCACCGUCAACCCGCAAGCAAAAAGCACCGAUGAAAGAACGUGUUGAUGAUAGCAAUAACGGAUAUACGAGUAGGUACAUCCCUCCUCGGAAAAUGUCCAAUUGGGAGCAUGUGCUAGGUAAACCCAGUUCCUUGGACCUAUUUUCCCACGGAGGUCAAAACCUUGGGUGGGAAGGAUCGCAAGAGUAUGGCGGAUGUGAGCAGAUAGCGGCCCAAUACCGCAAUCUACUCAGCCCAGCUCAGCCAUACUACGAAUCGGAUCAUGGUGAACUGUUCUCUGAGUCAGAACAUGAAGACAACCCAAUAGGAAACCGGGCGAGUCAAGAUACCAACUGGAGCUUUUUUGUUUAGGUUCUAGGAAUUCUUCCAAAGAAGUGCGGAUAUGAUCACAUCGGUCUGCACGCCGCCCAGAUUUCAACUUUGCCUCGCUCUAAAGAUAUACAAACGGUGUUGAUCAAGCAUCUGUUGUGCAUUCAAAACAUAACCUAGUAUAUAAUUCAUAA